ACGCACAUGCGCAUUCAUUAUUACUCACACGAAUCCGGACGAGGGAACACACAGAGUUUACGUCAAUGGAACGACUACGACAGCUAACAUUAGGGAGACGACAAACGCCGUCAGACUCGGUUCUAACCGACAAGCGAAAAGACGAGCAAUCCGUCCAGGUUCCUGCUGACAAGUCUGUUGCUUCAGGUGACGACGCGUCAAGACAUCGAAGCCGCAGCGUCUUCCAGUCGAUCAAAAACCGAUUCAAAGGCUCGAGGCGUUCACGCGAUGGUCGCUGUCACACGAUCACCGAGCUCGGAGGCGUAGACGUCUCGCAGAUGAGCGACGCGAUGAAGAAGGCGCGCACGGCGUCGCUCCCCGCACCGCGACGCGACGGCAACGCGUACGAGCCGAAGCUGCUCGAGCAGUCGCCGCGACAGCCCGGGAAGAAUCGAUACGUACAGCGGGAGACGCUCUUGACAAUGAAAGGAGGAAGUGGCCGAUUGGGGGUACAGGGCGGUGGUGCGAUUGAGCUAUUCGAGGCGCCUAGUCUGGAUGACCUCCUUGAUGGAGAGCGCAGGUCUGAAGCUGUACCACCUGAUGAGAUUCUCAGCUCGGUAGAGACGCCUAUAUACGACACGGCGGCCGUACAGCGAGCGUUCGGGCCGCUCCGGGACGUUGGGCGUUGGUAUUCGCACGAACAGGAACGACGACGGAUACAACAGCAGAUGAGAAUGAGUCGCUACUCGCAGCCCUAUCCGUUACCGGCCGGUAGCGCGCGUGAGGCGAACGACAACGGGACGAAGUCGGGUUUCUCGACAAGCGAGGAGGGAGACGAGGUGGUUUACACACGUGUGGGACCAUGCUUUGACCCGAGUCCGGGACAGGCGAGAAGUCUGGCGUUCGGACUGAAGAAUCUGGCCUUUCAGGGUUGGUACUGGGGCCCUCUGACUCGACAAGAAGCGGAAGAGAAACUAGAGGGGACCUCUGAUGGCACGUUUUUGGUCAGAGACAGUAGUGAUGACCGAUAUUUGUUGAGUCUCAGCUUCCGGUCCCAAGGCCGGACUCUGCAUACCCGCAUUGAAUUCUACAACAGUCAGUUCAGUUUCUACCAGAGGGCCGAUACCGAGGGGCAUUCGACGGUCGUUGAACUGAUAGAAAAGUCGGUGUGUGACUCAAGAGAUGGGAUUUUAUGCUAUUCACGCGGGCGUGGUCAGACUGCUCCGGCUUAUCCUGUACGACUGACCAACGCUCUGUCGAGAUUCAAUCGAGUGAGAUCGUUACAGCAUCAUUGCCGGUUUGUCGUUCGACAGUUGACCAGGUUCGACCUGAUCAGGCAGCUGCCGUUGCCGAAUGGAAUGAAGGAUUACUUGGAGGCGACGCGAUUCUAGUCGAUGAUGAUGGUCGUGAAUGGUUUUGUGUUUCUGGUCAACGAGAUGCAUAUAUACAAUGUAAUAGAUAAAGCAAAUUUGACUACCCAAAUCACUCAUAUGUUGACAAAUCCCAAGCCUGCAAAAUAUCGUUUGAGUUAUACAGUUAGUAGAAAUUGAUCAAUAGUAAA